AGUUGGAUUCUUUACGCAUAGCGGAUCGUUAGUGAAAAAGUGUCGCCGUUUUGCUUCGUAGUUUUUCGCUAAAUCGUACGUGGUAAAAUCUUGUUUUUGUGAAAGUCGUGUUUUCGAAACCUACGUUUUUAAAUUGUAAUGCAAUAGAAAAAUAAAUAGAGGAAGCUUCGGAAAUUAUAUCAUGAAAAUGGUUCUAUCUCAACGCCAGCGAGAAGAGCUUAAUAAAGCCAUCGCUGACUACCUGAACAGCAGCGGUUACACCGAUGCGUUGGAGGCGUUCAAAAAGGAGGCUGACAUGCCGGGCGAGGUCGAACGGAAGUUCGGCGGUCUGCUCGAGAAGAAGUGGACGUCGGUGAUACGUCUGCAGAAGAAGGUGAUGGAGCUCGAGUCGAAGCUCAACGAGACCGAGAAGGAGUACAUAGAGGGCGCCCCCACGCGCGGCAAGCGCAGCCCCGCCGAGUGGAUACCGAGGCCACCCGAAAAAUUCUGCCUGACAGGUCACAGAGCGCCUGUCACAAGGGUAAUUUUCCACCCCGUUUUUAGUCUAAUGGUAUCGGCUAGCGAGGACGCUACCCUUAAGGUUUGGGACUUCGAAACCGGCGAGUACGAACGCACCCUUAAGGGACACACCGAUUCAAUCCAGGACAUCGCAUUCGAUGCGAGCGGCAAACUGUUGGUCAGCUGCAGCGCCGACAUGUCCAUCAAGCUGUGGGACUUCCAGCAGUCGUACGAGUGCGUGCGCACCAUGCUGGGACACGACCAUAACGUGUCCAGCGUGGCUUUCAUGCCCGCCGGCGAUUUCGUCGUUUCCUCGUCGAGGGACAAGACGAUCAAGAUGUGGGAGGUGUCCACGGGAUAUUGCGUCAAAACGUACUCUGGACACAGAGAUUGGAUUCGUAUGGUGCGGCCAUCUCCCGACGGCGGCCUCCUGGCCAGCUGUUCCAACGACCAGACGGUGCGCAUUUGGGUCGUCAGUUCCAAAGAGUGCCGCAACGAGCUGAGGGCGCACGAGCACGUGGUCGAGUGCGUGGCGUGGGCGCCCGACUCGUCGGCGGCCGCCAUCAACGAGGCGGCGGGCGUGGACAACAAGAAGGGCGCCCACACAGGCCCGUUCCUGGCGUCGGGAUCCCGAGACAAGACCAUCAGAAUUUGGGAUGUAGGAGCAGGAGUCGCUCUGUUCGUUCUCACGGCUCACGAUAACUGGGUGCGUGGCGUCAUUUUCCACCCGGGCGGUAAGUUCCUUAUUUCCGCCAGUGACGACAAAACUUUGAGGGUGUGGGAUUUGCGCAACAAGCGUUGCAUGAAAACGCUGGAGGCUCACAAGCACUUCUGCACUUCGCUAGAUUUUCAUAGAUCGCACCCAUACGUAAUCUCAGGCAGCGUAGAUCAAACGGUGAAAGUAUGGGAAUGCCGUUAAAUUCUGCCUAAAUUCCGCAAUUUUUGAAUUUGUGAAAAAUUUCGAAGGAGUUUCUUAAAACAAAACAAAAAACCAGUACUAUUCAGUGGCUUUCGGCAACUUUUUGUGCAUAGUUAUUAUUAAUAUUAUAAAAACGAUACUUAUAUUUAAGUCAAAAAAUACACAUAAUAUUUAAUGAUUUUUACAUUUGCAAAUUUUGAUUUUAACAUUUACAUAAUUUGCAUUUAUGUAAAAAAUUAAUGUGAGGUCCCUUAAAUUAUUUUGUACAUUACAUUAUGUGGACCCCUCCUGAAAUUUCGUAUAAAUGGUUUUAAUGUAUUUUAUUACACGUUAAUAUUUUUAAGUUAAAUAAACUAAUAUCAACCGUUAUUUUUUUAUUUUUUUUAUUUUUCAUGUGAUAACGCAGAAAUUCCGGGAUGUAAGGCUUAAUUAUAAUAUUAAUGCUUCAAUCAGUGUUAAACCUUCAAAUUUUAUUUAUUAUUUUAUAAAAACUUGACUGGUCCACUCAUAUUUGGACCACUCUUGGAUUUUAAGCCCCAUCAUAGAAAUUAACCCCUCAGAGAAGUUGGCUAUGGAUGAAACGUCAUAACAUAACCUAAAAAUGACGUUAAUCUGACAGAAACUGUCAAAAACCUAACGCCAACAUAGUUUAUCAACUGAGGGGGUAAUUUCAAAGAUUCUUAAUAAAAUAAAACUAAUCUCAAUGUAGAUUUUUAUAUACAGUGUGUCUAUUUAAGUUGGCAACAUAUGGGAAAU